CAAAAAUAUCGCAUCAUUGUAGUGAUUCGAACGACAAUUCCAAGGCUUUUGGCACGUCGUUGCAGGGUGAUCGACUGUCUAACUUCGUAGUUCUUGUAGGGCUGAGCGUCGCCAAGGCGAGCGCAUGGACUAGUGACGAUCUACCAGUGCAGCAACUUGACGACAGCACGGUUGGCUCUCAGCUCCACAAGCACCAGCGACGUCGACGGUGAAUCUACUCCUCCAACCGCAAUUUCAAUAAAAGACCAUAUACACUUCAGCUUAUUGCUCAUUCGCCUUAACACAACGGCAAGAUGCUCCCAUUAGGCCUUCUCACGGCCGCAACGGGCCACCCGAUGCUUGUAGAGCUCAAGAGCGGCGAGACACUCAACGGCCUGCUGGUCAACUGCGACACAUGGAUGAAUCUCACAUUACGGGAGGUCGUGCAGACGAGCGCAGAUGGCGACAAGUUCAUGCGGCUACCGGAGAUAUAUGUCCGUGGAAGCACAAUCAAGUACCUGCGGGUACCGGACGAGAUCAUCGAGGUUGUGAAGGAGCAGCAGGUCAAGGACCAGGCGCAAAGAGGCGGACGCGGUGGCAUGCAUUCCCGUGGAGACCACAGGGGCGACCGGGGCGGCAGAGGCACACGUGGACGCGGCCGAGGCCGUGGACGGGGCGGCGGCGGCAACAGUAACAACGCGUGAGUUGAGUGAAGAGAAGGCAGAUCGAACACAGCAGCUUUGCGAAAGCACUAUUGGGCAUAUAUCCAUAGUCCUGUGCGUACAGCGCUCCGCAAGGAGACCCAGGGCCGUCCUUUUCGUUCGACACACGGCCAUCGACGUUGGCCCAAACCGCUCGACAUGAGCUCGGGAGCUUUGUUUAGCCUGACAAUAUGCGGCAAUCCUUAAGGGUUCUCCUACGCUCACAGGCGAAGCUCUCGUCUGCUGUAAGAGACGCCGUUUGACAGAGUCGUUAAUGAGAAAAGUCCAAGCAAUCUACCAAAAUCUCGAAAGGCCAUCCCAAAAGAG